GAAUCCAAAAUGACUCUUGAACAGCCUACUGGUGAGAUGUGGCAGAAGAUCCGCGAGGAGUUAAACGAGAAUGCUGAUACUAAGGACCAAGACCUCGCACACAUCAAGGAAUGGCUGAAGAAGGAGCCUCAUCUACCCGACGAAUUCGAUGACCAACGCAUCAUGACCUUCCUUCGAGGUUGCAAAUUCUCCCUCGAGAAGUGCAAACGUAAAUUGGACAUGUACUUCACCAUGAGGUCCGCUGUUCCCGAAUUCUUCACUGAACGAGAUGUCACUCGUCCCGAGCUACAGGAAAUUCUCAAGAUUGUCCAAAUGCCACCCAUGCCCGGUCUAACCCCCGAUGGCCGCCGAGUCAUUCUUAUGAGAGGUAUUGACAAAGAUGUCCAAACACCAAACGUAGCCAAUGCUUUUAAGCUGGCUCUUAUGUUGGGUGAUGUUAGACUGGCAGAGGAGAAGGAAGGUGUUGCUGGAGAUAUUUACAUCUUGGACGCUUCAGUGGCCACGCCCAACCACUUCGCCAAGUUCACGCCAACUUUGGUGAAAAAGUUCCUAGUGUGUGUGCAGGAAGCAUACCCCGUAAAGUUAAAACAAGUGCACGUCAUCAACAUUUCACCGAUUGUGGACAAGAUUGUAAACUUUGUGAAGCCGUUCCUCAAGGAGAAGAUAAGAGAUAGGAUCUUCAUUCAUAGCGACGUAAACGAACUUUACAAGUAUGUACCACAAGAGAUGCUUCCUACUGAAUACGGCGGCAAGGCUGGUUCAAUGAAUGACCUUCAUGAUGCUUGGGUCAAGAAGUUAGAAGAAUACAAAGAUUGGUUUGCUGAUCAAGAACAGUACAAAGCAGACGAAUCUCUCAGACCAGGAAAGCCAACCAACUAUGAUGAACUCUUCGGAAUAGAUGGAUCUUUCCGUCAAUUAGUUAUAGACUAGAUUUAUUAUUAAUUUAAUGGAGUCCAAUUUUCCAGUAUUAAUUGAACGUAUUUCAGACGAUGAAAGUAUUUUAAGUUAUAAAUAGUAUUUUGACAAAAGGAAUAUUUAUUUGUUAAGUAAAUUUUUAAAUAUUGACAAUAAAUUUGAAAACAUCAGAUAGAUAUUAAACAAAGAUCAACUAUUGUUGUGUAACUAAAAUGAAAUCAAUCUCAAAAGUUACAGUUUCCACAAGAUCAAAUUAAACAGAUAAUGUCAUAGGUAUACAUUUAUGUUCAAUUAUUACAGCGGCUCCAUACUAGAUUUUUCUGCAAUUAAUACUACCCGUUCAAGUUCAAAAGUUUCUUUUGAUGUAUUGAGUUGAAUAUUUGGACUACCAUUUUUAACUUGCUUGGGUUAUUUAGCAUCUUCUUACUGUCGCACUUCUUUAUCUGCAUUUGUUUCUACAUAAAAUGCAAUGAUAUCAACCAAAGCAAUUUGCUGAUUAAAUUUUUAUUGUCAUGUUUAUCACAUAUUAAAUAAAGUAUUAUUAAUAUAA